CUGUUUCAGUAUUGUAUUUCGGAGUUCCAUCUCGUCGUAUGGCAAGCCGUAUCAUUUUUAAUGCAGUUCGCUCUGUUAUAGGAUGUUUAAUCACAGUCCAUGCUACGCCUGGAAGUAUACCAACGACUCGAAAUUGUGAAGCGGUCAAUUGCAUUGUGACAUUUCGAUCUGUCUUAUAUUUCUUCUACGAAUGCCUUCCCGGGCAUAAUUGGGGUAAUGGAUUCCAUGUUAAAAAGAGCACUAAUAUCUGGGCUACUUUGGAGGUUCAUAUCCGGCGACGCUACGUUUGGGAAACGGAAUGAUAUCGUCGUGACAAUAGACACAGUGCGGACACACAUAAAUUACCAGUCUUCAAUUUCACUGUCAUCAUUGUCAUCA